CCCAUGGCUUAUCACUACUCAAAUUAAAGUCCAAAGUUAAGUCUGGGCAGUAAAUAGGACGAUUAAAAAGCUCCUGGAAAUAAAUAAGAGUUUAAAGAUUCUCGCCCUGCAAUACUGCACUUUCAGUCCGUCUUCUGCUGCCUCCUGUUGUUACAUGUUGGUAAUUGCUCCCUUUUCCUGAGAAAUGAAACCUAUAAAAUCAGCCCACAAUUCCUCCUGAAUCAGACAGAAGAACGGCACAUCGACCCUGGAAGAAUGGAGGAAGAAAUCUGUAAAUACAUCGUUGUAGGUGCAGGAGGUGUAGCAACUGUGGUUCUGACUCCUGCUCUUCUGGCUGCACUUGGCUUCACCGCAACUGGAAUUGCGUCAGGCUCCAUCGCUGCAAAGAUGAUGUCUUUAUUUGCACUCUUUUAUGGAGGAGGAAUUCCAGCUGGAGGCCUGGUGGCAACCUUACAGUCUAUUGUCGCCCUACCGCAGCUCCAACACCAGCUCCAACACUGGCCACAACAGCAGAGGCUGCACCCGAAAGACCAGCAGCACCUGCAGAAACCCAAACAACAGUUUUGUUCAAAUGAUCAAGCAGCAGAUGAGCUCUGACGGGUCCCGCUUGAAGCAAAUUAAACACAGACUAUGGAAAGCAGGCUAUGCAACAUCUGAGACUUAAGUUACAUUUAAGCUGAAAAGGAGUAGCCAUUAAAAAUGUCUUUAUUUAUCCUUUAUUGAAAAAAAGGAAUGCCCCAAUUUAUUUACACCCUUUUUAAUGAUUAUGGAAAAAGUUUUAUUGAGAUUAGAGCAGUCUAAGGUUUGACGCUGACCAGCAUGUUUUCACUGCUAUUUUGGGUGAUGAGCUCCAAGUGUAGCUGCAACUCACUGGUCCUUACAUCUAACCUGUGGCUCUGUGAGGUGGUCAGUAAAAGCUUACUGACACCAAAUUUUUACUUUUGGGGCCGGGGAUAUUUUCUGUGGGGCAUAGUAAUCUAAAAUACAAGACGCAAUCCUUGAAGUACUUCACUCUGUGUCAUAAAUCUACAUGUGAGUUUAACUUUUCGAAAUGAAUGCCAAACAAGUACUUUUUGUUUUGACAUUGUAAUUUUAAGAUGUAUUUGUUGUUUAGACAUAAAGAGAGAAAUGGGAAAGAAUGAUAUAAUAGGAAAAACUUAAACAAAACCUGGUCCUGACAUUUAGCAUAAUUAUCCUUUAAAAUGAAGGAUGAAUUCUACACUGAAUAAGACUUUGUUUCUUUAAAUUUUGUGUCCUAAUGUGUAUUUAUUUUAUUGCAUUGUAUAGUGCAGUUUCAUCUGGAGCUAAUUGUUUUGAUUAUGUAAAACCCCAACUAGAGACAAGAGUUGAAAGUAAGCAGUAGGUGUAAACUCUGUGUAAAGCGCAUACAUUGCAUAUAUAACACUGUAUGUUUUGCGUUUAAUAGAGAAAAUGAAACUUCCUGUUGGUGCGUUCACUGUCACUCUGAAGUAAAAUCACAAAAUGAUAUCACCCUUUAUUUCAAUAAAUAAUUUUUUCACAAUUUUUCCUUCUUGCAAUUGACGAUAUACAGUAUAGCAUAUUUUGGUCCACAUUGUGCGACACUCGUCCGCACCGCUGAAUAAAUUUGAAAUUCCAGCUGCCCAUGAAUGCAACACCACGUUCUGGGUCAAGGCUGCUGCCCAAAACUACAAAAGUGCAACAACAAAAAAAAUUGGUUUGUUUGGACAAAGUUUCAGUCAAUGGAUGUGUUGAUUUUCUUUCCCGAAAGGAUACAUAACAAUUAAGUUACGUUCCAUGUAAGUAUUUUUAAAUACUCAAAGCUACUCAUCUUAAUCAUGACAGCUUUUUUGUUCUUGGCAAGUGUUUUCUUAGGCUGUUGUGUUUAAUUAGUAAACGCAGUACAUCAAAUUGUACUGCGGAUUUAUUAGUUUUUAUUUGAAAGAUCUUGAAAAAGUUUAAUUAGUUAUGCUUUUUGUGCAGAUGAUGUGGCUUUGACUCCUGCCCCUCUGGCUGUGUGAAUCUUACAUUGUUGUAUGAACAAAACAAUGUAAGAGGGAAAUUUCCAGAAAGUAAUCAUAAAAUUAUGUGAAACACAUUAUUUGAUGUAGAGAUACUAUAUAUUUCAUAGUUAUUCAUUUUAACACUUAUAUCAAGCUUCAUGAACUGUAUUGAUUUGCGAGUUACCACAGGUGCCGGCAAUGCAACCACUUUUUUGUCACAAUCAGUCAUGUAUAGAAGAGACUACAGUACAGUUUCCUGAACCUCAGAGACAUUUUUUAUGUUGUUGAGCAGACUCCAAGGAAUCACCUAGGAUUGAUAGUCCUACUCAAAUGAAACAUUAUCUAAUCUCUGCUAAUGUUGGUGUGUUUUUUUUUAAGUUGAGUCACACAAGCUGUUGUAAAUAUCUAGUGAGAAAAUAAUAGAAUACUAAGUUGUGAUGUGAAUUAAAAAAAGUAAUUUAUCACCACCUGCUUUCCAAGUGUUUACAUGAUUGUGUUAAAAUCUUUCUCACUAAGCUCAACAAACUGCAUUUUCAGAUUUUUGAGGAACCACUGAAAAGGUUGAUGACCAAUUAUAUACAUUUUGUUUUUCUUUUAAGACACACACAGUACUACAAAAGUAUAUUUUAAAAAUUACAAGUUUAUUACACAAAUAGUUUAAAAGAAACAAAACAGGAUGACUGCUUUAGAUUUUGGCAUUUUGUCUCAUUUCUUGUUGAAACAAAGUCCAACAUGAAGGCAAGAAAACAUGUUAAUGCAAAACUGUAGUUAUUUACAUAAUGUACUAUAAUUACAUAGUUAAAAGAUUAACAGUUUUGUUUCAACAGUAUUAGAAGUUGUGUGGUGUGAGGUCUCUUGAAUUACAUAACCAGUAAGUGGUAAAUGUAAGGAUAGACUGUCAAUACUGAGACAACUUGAUGCAGAUUAGUAAGUGAAAAAAAACCAAACUAUUCAUGUCGGGACAAGAA